CACGAAGCACAUUAUACUUUACAGACUUGUAAGAAGUAACUGAAGGUGCGGAUGUGAUCAACUACACAAAUAUAAGAUACAGCUGAAGAAUCUCCACUGUAACGUAAAUAUAUAGAAUUAUGAAAGGCAGAACACGUCCAAGCGAUGACGAUAACAUUCUAGCCCCUGGGUCGUUACGGUCGGUGUUGUUCUCGCCGAUUGCACUCAUGUUGUCCUUCUUGCCGAAGUUUAUUCGAGAAACAAUUUAUGUUAUCUGGUUCAACAUCUGCUUAGUCAACUCUAUUUUUUUCUUAUACACAUGUUGCUUAAUAGUGCAAAUCUACUAUUUUAAUGAUAACGAAGCAAGCGUUAAAGCUAGACGGCACAGAUGUGCCCAACUCUGUCACUAUUUCUUCAGAUACGGAAUUUUUUUCCCUUGUCCCUGGAUUACUGUCGACCAUCCCAAAAUUGACUGGUCUUGCUGUGAAGAGGAUAAAGUUGCGACGCUCAUAAACCACACGUCGUAUCUGGAUGCGAUUCUCUACUCGGCUGUAUCGCCGCCCAAUAUCAUCCCACUGAACAAGACGCUGAUGAAAGCCAGUAUAUUCAAGCUGCCAUUCAUGGGCAAGAUCAGCACCUGGGUAGGCCACUUCCCCGUCCAUUUCACGAGCGAGCAGGGCAGCAGUGUCGAUCAGACUCAACAGAAACCGGUAAUGGAAGCCUUCGAAACCUACGUGACCGAGGGCGGAGGACUGACCUUCUGCCCUGAGGGUACGGUGAAUGCAAAACCUUACGAGAUGCUCUCAUGGCGUACGGGCGGUUUCAGAAUCACUGAGCGAAAUAAUAUGAAGUACGUGUUCUUCACGCAUGUUGGGUGCGACAAGGUAUGGGGACCCAAGGCAAAGGUCGGUGGCUAUCCUGCAAACUUGAAGUUGUCCGUAUCUGCUUACGAGGACAACUCCAAAGAGAGUAACGACCCGGUCGAGAAGGAGAAGUUGUUCAAAGCAAAGGUCUCGCAUAUGCAGAAAAUGAUGCAACAAGAAAUCAAUGCACUGCUAUCGUGGGUCACUCAUAGAGAGUUUGCAGCACUGUCUACUCUAGCCAAUCGACAGUCGCUUUCUUCUGACCCACGCUUGUACUUAGAUUGAGAGCUGGAUAUCGGAACAAUCCAUAUUUUGCUCACAAAGUCAAUGUGUUGCUUGCUUUACGGAAGCAUUGGCGGAUUGAGACGUACAUUGGGUCUCGCUAAAUAAAUUUAGUUUCCUGGCACACGUCUAGUUAAAAUUAGAGGAGAAGAGCUUAUUACUGAGCCUAUGUGGUGGUUCGCUCAGAUAUCCAUCGUUCUCACCCCCUUUGUUCUAUUGCAGUAAAGUUAUGUACAAUAAAUUAGAAC